AAUAAUCCAAUAAGUAUUGGUGCAGAAAUGUUGAAAAAAGCUGCGGAUGCAGCAAAUCUUGAUGCAAUGAGUUAUUAUGGAAGACUGUUGAUAAAAGGUGGAUACACUGUGAAAAAGGAUGUUAAUGCUGGUAGAGAAUUACUUAAUAGAGUCAAUGAAAUUAAGAUUUCGGCACGUUUAAACAGUCGCAAUAAUUUAUCGUCUGUUUCUAUGGAAAAGGCGAAUAGUAAUACGUCCACUUUGGGAAAUCCCGUAAUUACUAGUAGCAAGAUCAAAACUAGGAC